AUGACCCUAGUACUACACGGCCACAAGGCCAGCUUACAACGCCUUUGCACCGUCCCCUCACGCCUGGAGCUGGACGACUCUGAAGCCCUCGGAGACGGUCUUGGUGAUCUCCUCGUUCUUGUGCUGCAGCAGUCCCAGGGCGAAAGCAACGUCGUUCCACUGGCGCUCCGUCUCGCAGCGGGUGAGCCUGGCCGCGAGCUUGUCGGCCAGCUGCUUGGCGUGCUUGUCCUUCUCGACGAAGCCCAGGAGGAACCGGAUGAUCCUGCGGAAGCUCUCCUCCUCCAGGUUCUUCUCGGCGGACAGCAAGCUGAACAUGUCGACAAAGUGGUUGUAGACGGCAUUGUCCUUGGUGCUGAGCUCGGUGAAGAACAUCCUUGCCAGGUCGGCGAUGCGGCGGUCCUCAUCCUCGAGGCACUUGGCCAUCUCACCCAGCUGACCCUUAACCUUGACCUGACCGGCGAGAAUGAGGAAGGUCAGCGUCAUCAAGCAAGUACGCUUGACAGACUGGUCCUUGUCAGCCAGACGGCGGUACAAGAAGUCCGUGUUUUCGUCGAUGAGGUGGUUGAAGCACACGGCCAUGUCACCAAGAGCGAUGACGGCGUUCGAGCGGACGGUGGCAUCGGUCGAGCGCUCCAUGAUGGUGAUGAGCAGCGGCAGGUUGGCCUCGCAGUACUCGGAGCUGACGCACAUGAGCUUGGCGAGGCAGAGAGUGGCAGCAGCCUGCAGCCCCUUGUCGGCAUACGUGGUGUUGUUGGCGCAAAUUUCCGACACCAGAGGUCCGAACUGUGCCAGCAGAGACUCGGGGCCGAACAAAAGCUCUCGCUCACGAAUGUGGGCCAUGGCCUCGGUGAAGUCGUCCUCGGUCGUGCCGCCAAUGAGGUCCAGGUCAUCGGGCUCGUCCUUCUUGCCUGCCUGGGCCGUCGACUUGUCGGCGGUCUUCUCCUUCUCCUGCUCCUGCUUACGGCGCUUGAAGUCUUGUUCGCAGAGUUCCAGGUGCACAAUUUGCUUGAUAGCAACGUGGCCGACGAUAAACAAAAGCUGGGACAGACCGAUGGCGGCGUCGCGCUUCUUCGGCUGCGACGCAGGGGGAACGAUCGUCUCGUUUCCGUCCUCGUCCGUCUGCACAGACUGACUCUCAUCUCGCGACGCUGGCCUGGAGCUUGGCUGCGAGCUAGGCUGAGAGCUUGCUCGCGACUGAGGAGCAGCAAAAACUUGCUUGGUCUUGUGGCGGAUGAUGUCGGAGCAGAGGGUGUCAGGGUGCUUGGAAAUGGCGUAGAUGGCAUUGAUGGCCUGCUCAGCGACACCAUACCACUCCUUGCUUUCGGACGGAACCUCGGUGAUGGAGGCCAGCUUGGACAGAACAGCAUGGUCGUUUGGCAGCCUGGAGAACUUGACGGCAGAUUCUUUUGCUUGUCGGCCGGUGGGGUUGAUCCGGCGAAGAGCAAUGCAGGUGUACUUGGCCAGCUGGAGAUCGGCACGGCCGUGAGAGCCCAAGCCAGUCCGCAGCAUAGUCUCCAUCUCCCCAACCACGAUCUCGGGGUUGGCAGUCGCGAGCAUGCCCAGCACGAUGAUGGCACCACGACGUUGCGUCCUGGAGAUCUCGCGCUUUUGUACGCCGUACACCUGCCAGAGCUUGGCAAUGACAACUUCGGGAAUCAAGCCCUGCUUCAUCAUGGUGCUGAGCAACUGCUCCAGCGACGUCAACUCGGCCGGGGUGGCACCAAAGGUCAGACUGAUCAUGUUGCGGGCGAUGAAGUUGGCCGCAUCGUUCGAGCUGAAAGAGUCGGGGGCCUCAAAGAACAGACGCUUGUAGACAUCGAUGAGAUGGCUCUGGACGCCCUUGCCCUCGUCGCUGUUGCCCUUGGUCCAGAUCAAACGCAGCAUACGGCGGAUGCCGACCUUGUUUUGCUCAAUGUUGUAUGCAUCGCCAAUCUCAAAGUAGUCCAUGGCCUCGAUGACUUCACUCUUGUUGCGGGAGCCAAGCAGCUGGCAGACGGUGCCGGUGGCCUCGUGGAGGACGUCAAUGAACUUCAAGGCCUCGGAGUAGUAUCGUUUGGUGAGAGUGAGCUUCUCGAUGGCCUCGGACGUGGCAGCCUCCUCCCGCGCCUUACGAACCGCCUCGAACUUUUGCUCCUCAUUGUCGACGGUGGUGUUGGCUCCUUCGCCAAGACCAGGGGCUCCCUCGGGAGGCUGCAAUGCGUUGAGCUCUUCGUCAACCUUGUCAAGACGCGCUUGCCAGUCUUUGCGAGAAAGCUGGGCGCCGUGCAUGACGGUAAAUGGAUGUGUCUUGAUCAGAGCGCCAAGAAGCUUGAUGGCAUUCCUCCUGACGUGGCUGCUCUUGUCCUCGAGACUUCUGCAGGCCAUUUCGGCAGCGCGUUGGCGUCGCUUGGGGAACUUUUGCUCGAGGUCGCACAGCUUGACGUAGACCUGAAUGGCUCUGCAUCGGCAGUAGGGGUUUAUGUCGAGGAAUCGCUCCUCCAACACGUCGAAGAAGGCGUUGAGUUGAGACUUGUGGUUCUCACCACGCUCGUCCUGCUUGACCAGGUGGGCAAUCAUGUUUCCGCAGACCUCGAUGAGGGCGCAGCGCAGUGUGUAAGACUAGGACUGUCAGAACUAGUUUCCGCCAAGAGGAAACGGCAUUCUUACCUCGCUGUCUAG